AAAAUUUCUAACGGAUGCUCUUGCAAAUACGGGUCAUGCUUUACGGUGCAUGCACAUUUGGAUCGGUUGUUCCAUUCCCCAAACUUCCGGCGUGCUGUUAGCUAGGUUCUUCUCAGCGUGGGUGCCCUCGAGGUUAUCCUUUGUAAUUUUUUUGUUUUUAAUUUUAUUUUAAAAAAAUGCUGCUCUACAAAAUCAGAAUGAGAGGAGAGAGCCAUGGCUAGAGCCAAGCCGCGCCCGAACGCGCGAAUGUGAAGAAAUUAACGGUAUUAACGGUUCCGCACUGGACACAUCUCUACGCCCUCUUUCUAUGGUCUCUGUCGUCUCUAUCUCCCUUCAAUUCUUCAAUCCCUAAUAUUCACGAUCUCUCUCCACUUUAUCCUUCACCUUAUCGUCGUCGUCUUCGGCCGUCAGGUAUUGCCCUUUUCUUCUUCCAUUGCUUACCAAUGGCAGCCGAAGUGUUAUCAUGGACUCCGAUUGUUCCAUCUCUCAGUCGUUCCAAAGCAGUUAAAGAUAUAUCUCAGCAGCAGGCGCAACCAUGGCUGAGUCGACGCUCAAGCGCCAAGAGGAGAUGUGCAGUUCAUGCAUCCCUUGCCGAGUCUCUCAUUGCUUCUUCUUCUUCUCCUCCUCCUCUUGUGCUUCUGGAUCAAUUCCAUCAGCAGACACCAUCGACCUCGCUGUUUCUGCUGGCUGCAGACACCGCCGGUUACUCCUUGGCCAGUUACUACACUUCUUUGGGUCUCUUCGUCAUCUCUGUUCCAGGCCUUUGGUCCCUCAUCAAACGUUCUGUUAAAUCCAAGAUUGUGCAGAAGACCUUUAUCGGUGAAGAGAAGAAGGCACCGAAUCAACUCGCGGGUGAAAUUCUCUCCUUCUUCACCCGCAACAAUUUUGUGGUCACUGAUAGAGGAGAGACCAUCACGUUUGAAGGUAUGAUGGUUCCAAGUCGAGGCCAAGCGGCAUUGCUUACCUUUUGCACCUGCAUCAGCCUCGCAAGUGUAGCCCUUGUUCUUACAAUAACUGUUCCAGAUUUCGGCAACAAUUGGUUUUGGAUCACCACUUUAAGUCCAUUGGCGGGAGCAUAUUACUGGAAACGAGCCUCAAGAAAGGAGCAGAUCAAGGUUAAAAUGAUAGUCAUAGAUGACGGUGCACAGUCAGAGGUUGUUGUUCAGGGGGAUGACCAGCAAGUAGAGCAAAUGAGGAAGGAGCUUAAACUGAGCGAGAAAGGGAUGGUGUAUGUCAAGGGUCUAUUCGAGAGAUAAAUAGAACACCUAGAUGAAAAGAACACCUAAAUCUGUAUCAAUGUGUUGCUUGGAGAAGAGAAUAGGAAAUGAGGCUCAUCUAUUCUCAAGUAUCCUGAAGUUUUUUUUGAUAUGUAUACUGACCAACUAUAUAAACUAGCACCAGAUUGAGUGAGUUGAAUUCAGGAGUCUUCUUUCUAUUCAAC